AUGAAGGUAUUGUUUGACUCCCAAGAUGUUCUUGAAGUGAUCAAGAAUGGUGUUACUCCUCUUGUUCAAAAUGCAGCAGAGGCGCAACAAGCAACACAUAAGGAAGAGAAAACGGAAUACUUUAAAGUGUUGUUCUUGAUCCAUCAAUGUAUUGAUGGCGACAACUUUGAGAAAGUUGACGACUUAUUGAUCAUAGGCAGCAAUGAAAAAUGUAUUUCAAAGUUCAAGAGUGAACUUAUGGAAGAAUUUAAUAUGAACAACCUUGGCCUCAUGACAUACUUCCUUGGCAUUGAGUUCCACAAGUCCAAAAGGGGAUUGCUAAUGCACCAAAGAAGGUAUGCUCUUGAGAUAUUGGAGAAUUUUGAAAUGGAGCAUUGCAAUGCUUCCAUUGCUUCAGCUGAACCAAGGCUGCAGUUGUCUAAUAAUGAGAAUGAGCAAGAUAUUGAUCAUACUCAAUAUAGGAGGUUCAGUACAACACCAAUCUCAAUGUGUUUGAAGAAGGAACCGGUAGUUCCACUCUCAUCUUGUGAGGCUGAGUACAUUGCCACUUUUCUAUGUGUGUGCCAAGACGUAUGGCUUAUGAAUCUAUUAGAGGAGUUGCGCAAUAGUGAGUGUGAGAUUGUCACACUCUUAGUUGACAAUGUUUUUAUGAUUAAUCUUGCUAAGAAACCAAUUGCACAUAGAAGAAGCAAGCAUAUUGAGGCAAGGUUUCACUACUUCAUUGAACGUUUUAGUGAAGGAAGGUUACAAUUGGGAUAUUGCAGAAGUGAGGAUCAAGUUGUUGAUUUGUUGACUAAGAGACUCACAUUUGAUGUGUUCAAGAGGUUGAAGAUGAGCAUGAGCAUGAUAGACUUGCAAAACUUGAAUUAA